AUGGUGCGUGUGGGAACUCUGCCAAUGAGGCUGUUGGCACUGGAGUUUGGUGCAGACUUAGUAUACUCUCCUGAGAUUGUUGACAAGCGCAUAAUUGCCUCCGAACGUCGCGUCAAUAAGACAACCGGAAUAAUCGAAUAUAUCGAUGAGAAGAAUUCUAUUAAUUUUAGAACACAUCCUUCUGAGAAGUGUCGACUGAUUUUCCAGAUUGGUACAUCUGAUCCUGAACUUGCCCUUCAAGCUGCUUUAAAAGUAAAAGAAGAUGUUUCAGGAAUAGAUGUCAAUUGUGGAUGCCCCAAAAAGUUUUCCAUUCAGGGAGGCAUGGGUGCUGCCCUUUUGACAAAUCCUGAUAAGCUUAAAGCUAUUUUAACAAACUUAGUUGAGAACUGUGGCCUUCCAGUUACUUGUAAAAUUAGGAUGCUAGAAACAACAGAAGAAACGAUAAAGUUGUGUAAGAUGAUUGAAGCAACAGGCAUCAAAGCACUUGCGAUUCAUUGUCGAACAAAAAAUGAACGCCCUAGUAACAAGGGACAUUGGGAAAUCUUUAAACCUAUCGUUGAGAACGUGAAAUCAAUCCCUGUCAUAGCAAACGGUGACAUAUUCGACAGACCAGAUAUGCAAAGAGUAAAGGAACUGUCAGCUGUUAGUUCAAUAAUGAUUGCUCGGGGUGCACAGAGUAAUGUAUCCAUAUUUUGUAACGAAGGGCUGUUACCAAAAAGAGAGAUUGCUAUAAUGUACAUUAAAAAGGCAAUCAAUGUUCACAAUAACUACGCCAAUACAAAAUAUACACUUAUGCAAAUGUAUGCAGAUGCUGUUAAGGACAAUGAAUAUCAUGCGUUAGUAAGGGCAAAGUCCUAUGAAGAUCUUUGUGAAAUAUACAACCUUUCAGAGUUAUCUCCGAUCAGUGAGAGAUUAAUGCAUAUAUAA